CUCGUGCAAAAGGGUUUUAUAAGAUGCCGUAUAUCCGCAACUCUCAAGCUGGGAGAAUCAAAUAUUAGUGUAACGAUACCUUUUAACAGCAACCUUUGCAUAUCUUGGCCAUGAUGAAGUGGAUGAUGAAUGGAACUGAAUCCGGAAAAAUUUUCAAAACUCUAUUAACAUGUUGUGUGCUGGUCAUCUUUCAUUUGUUGGUGGAUUUGCCCGGAACAGAGUGCCAAGCAACCUGUUUCAAAAACUCCUCUUACGUAUUUUCGAAAAGUGCAGCAAGAUGGAAUUUCAACUGGUAUGUCUGCUGGUACCAGGGAGGUUACUUAGUCUCCAUCGAAACUGAAGAAGAAUGGAAGUUUAUCAGUAAUGAGAUUAAAAAGCGUGGUACUGGGAAUACUAGUGCAUGGCAUAUUGGUUUAAGGAAGAGAGACGGGAAUUGGACUUGGGAGAGUGGACAACAUCUGAAUAUUUCGAAAUGGCGUGAUUCUGAGCCCGAGGGUAACGACAAUUGCGCGGAAAUAUCCGAGAAUGGAAGCCUCUUUAAUGGUAUCUCUUGGAAUGAUGAAAAUGCCUGCAUUUGCGAGAUGCCCGUAGAAUGCCCAAAUAUAACUUUUAAAAACUCUCGGUACAUAAUUUCGGUGGAUGGAUGGUACUGGCACCUGAACAGAGAUAUCUGCCAGAGUCAAGGAGGGGACCUAGUUUCCAUUGAAACCGAAGAAGAAUGGAAUUUCAUCAAUAACGAGAUUCAAAGGCGGAAUACUUCCAGCUGUAAAAAUAAAUGGAGUAUUGGUUUAAUGAAAGAGGACGGUAAUUGGACCUGGGUGAAUGGGAAACCGCUGACUGUUUCCAAAUGGGGACAAGGGGAGCCAAGUGGUGAACACGACGUUGGUUUCAUGUACAAGCGGUUCAGUAAUGACAAACGGGGCUUGUUUGGUAGUGUUAAUAGGGAAAUUUGGACAAACCAGCACGCUUAUAUUUGUGAGAUUUCCAAUGAUUCAUCAAUAUCUACAUCACCCUUACCAUCGUCGUCACCAUCGCCCUCACCAUCACUGUCGCCAUCGCUAUUGCCCUUACCAUCGCCUACGCCAUUGCAGUCGCUGUCACCAUCGCUGUCACCAUCGCCCUCGCCCUCGCCCUCGCCCUCGCCCUCGCCAGCUCCAUCACUAUUGCCAUCGCUGUCGCCGUCGCCAUCGCCAUCGACAUUGCCAUCGACAUUGACAUUGCCAUCGCCAUUGCCCUCAGCCUUGUCCUCGCUCUCGUCGCCAUUGCAUUCACCGUCGCCAUCCACGUCGCCAUCGACGUUGUCGUCUUCGCCGUCGCCGUCGCCGUCGCCGUCCUCUCUCUCGCCAUUGCAAACAGCAUCAUUGUCAUCGUUGUUAAGGGCACUGCCCUCGCCCUCGCCCUCGCCCUCGCCCUCGCCCUCGCCCUCGCUCUCGCCCUCGCCCUCGCCCUCGCCCUCGCCAGCUCCAUCACUAUUGCCAUCGCUGUCGCCGUCGCCAUCGCCAUCGACAUUGCCAUCGACAUUGACAUUGCCAUCGCCAUUGCCCUCAGCCUUGUCCUCGCUCUCGUCAUUGCCAUUGCAUUCACCGUCGCCAUCCACGUCGCCAUCGACGUUGUCGUCUUCGCCGUCGCCGUCGCCGUCCUCUCUCUCGCCAUUGCAAACAGCAUCAUUGUCAUCGUUGUUAAGGGCACUGCCCUCGCCCUCGCCCUCGCCCUCGCCCUCGCCCUCGCCCUCGCCCUCGCCAGCUCCAUCACUAUUGCCAUCGCUGUCGCCGUCGCCAUCGCCAUCGACAUUGCCAUCGACAUUGACAUUGCCAUCGCCAUUGCCCUCAGCCUUGUCCUCGCUCUCGUCAUUGCCAUUGCAUUCACCGUCGCCAUCACCGUCGCCAUCCACGUCGCCAUCGACGUUGUCGUCUUCGCCGUCGCCGUCGCCGUCGCCGUCCUCUCUCUCGCCAUUGCAAACAGCAUCAUUGUCAUCGUUCCUUAUACUCGCUCUCGUCAUUGCCAUUGCAUUCACCGUCGCCAUCCACGUCGCCAUCGCCAUUGUCGUCUUCGCCGUCGCCGUCCUCUCUCUCGCCAUUGCAAACAGCAUCAUUGUCAUCGUUGUUGAGGCCUUGUCCUCGCUCUCGUCAUUGCCAUUGCAUUCACCGUCGCCAUCCACGUCGCCAUCGCCGUUGUCGUCUUCGCCGUCGCCGUCGCCAUCGACAUCGACAUCGACAUUGACAUUGCCAUCGCCAUUGCCCUCAGCUUUGUCCUCUCUCUCGUCAUUGCCAUUGCAUUCACCGUCGCCAUCCACGUCGUUAUCACCAUUGUCGUCUUCGCCGUCGCCGUUGCCGUCCUCUCUCUCGCCAUUGCAAACAGCAUCAUUGUCAUCGUUGUUAAGGGCACUGCUCUCGCCCUCGCCCUCGCCCUCGCCCUCGCCCUCGCCCUCGCCCUCGCCCUCGCCCUCGCCAGCUCCAUCACCAUUGCCAUCGCCGUCGCCGUCGCCGUCGCCGUCGCCGUCGCCGUCGCCAUUGCCAUCGACAUUGACAUUGCCAUCGCCAUUGCCCUCAGCCUUGUCCUCGCUCUCGUCAUUGCCAUUGCAUUCACCGUCGCCAUCCACGUCGCCAUCGCCGUUGUCGUCUUCGCCGUCGCCGUCGCCGUCGCCGUCGCCGUCGCCGUCGCCGUCGCCGUCGCCGUCGCCGUCGCCAUCGCCGUCGCCGUCGCCGUCGCCAUCGCCAUCGCCGUCGCCAUCGACAUCGACAUUGACAUUGCCAUCGCCAUUGCCCUCAGCCUUGUCCUCGCUCUCGUCAUUGCCAUUGCAUUCACCGUCGCCAUCCACGUCGCCAUCGCCAUUGUCGUCUUUGCCGUCGCCGUCGCCGUCCUCUCUCUCGCCAUUGCAAACAGCAUCAUUGUCAUCGUUGUUAAGGGCACUGGCAAAUGAGUAUGUUUUAGAAUUUGACGAAAUGAUCAAUACCAGAAGGAGUACCAUAGAGGAGGCUGUAACUAUGUUUGAAGAUUUCAUCAUAAAAAUUAAGAUCGUCACAAAAGACAAGGCUGGCAUGGAAGAGGUUAAAACGCUAAGAAUAUCCAUCUUUAAAGUGGCAAAAGCCUUCGAGAAAUUUGCCCUUAAUUAUGGCAAGCAACACCUGAGCGGAAUGAGACCUUUGGAGAGGUUCGUUUUCUCAAAAAUAGUUUUGGUAAUUCAAAAAGCCUAUCACUUGAAUGCGAGUGACUUCAGCUUUGAGGUACAACAAUGGCAUACGAGAAUCAAUAUUGCCUCUUCAAACUUUGAGGAAAAUGGAUCAUUGGUAGUUGCGUUCGUGUACAAGGAUCUGCAUGACCUACUUCUGACAGAUCAAGCUAUCAGGAGUGAAACAGACAACAAAAGUUAUAUCAACUCCAAGAUAAUGGCCAUAGCUAUGGACCCCAAGCCAAACAAGUUGCGAGUAAAUGUCAUCCUAAAGUUCGAAAAUCUGAAGGUUUCGACAGCAGAGAAGCGCUGUAUGUUUUGGAGUGACUUUAACACAAGGUCAGAAGGCUUUUCAGAGGAAGGAUGCCAUGUAGUUUCAUUAAAAAGCAACUCAGAAGAAACAGUUUGCAGCUGCAAUCAUUUGACGCAUUUUGCCGUCUUAAUGAACUACGACGGUAACACAAAGCUCGCCGAAGAGGACGAAACAGCUCUGAAAAUUAUCACCCACGUCGGACUAAGCCUUUCCAUCGUCGGGAUCCUUUUAACAUUAAUACUUUAUUCUUGCCUCACAGAUGUUGGUCAACCUCUCUCUCAAAUUCGAAUGAGUGUUUCUAUGUCCCUUGGAGCUGGACAGAUCAUCUUCCUCGCCGGAAUAAACGCCACAGAAAACAAAGCUGCCUGUGUUACAAUAGCAGCUCUGAUGCAGUAUUUCUUGAUGGCCGCUUUCUGUUGGAUUUUGAUAGAGGGAAUAUUUCUCUACCUUUUCGUUGUGAAAGUUUACAACAUCAACAGCAAGAUGUACAUGUAUCACGUCAUCUCAUGGGGUCUUCCAGUGAUCAUGGUGGCCAUGUCACUUGGCAUCGCUGCUGGGAAAGAAGGGUUACAAAGCUACACGAGUGAUAAAUAUUGCUGGCUUUCCUCGACUAACAACCUGAUCUGGAUAUUCGUCGCCUUUGUAGCUUUCAUUGAAAUUCUCAACAUCUUGAUACUCAUACGAGUCUUAAGGGAGAUGACCAAUUUGUUGCAGCCAACAGGGGAAGACAACCAUCUUCAGCAAAUAAGAAUUGGCAUCAAAGCAAGCGUGGUGAUGAUUCCCUUGCUGGGUGUCACGUGGCUAUUCGGUCUCCUCUCGCCUGUACAUAAAGCUUUCGCUUACAUCUUCACCAUACUUAACUCUGCUCAGGGUUUCCUGAUUUUCGCUCUACACUGUAUGCGAAACACUCAGAUCAAAGAGCGAUUCAAAAGAAAAAUGAAUAUCGUUUUUCCAUCUUCUAUAAAGAACAACUGUUCAAGGAAGAGCUCACGGGUCAAUCCAAGUGAGGUUGGGGAUAUAUGGGCAGUCGAAUUGCAGUCUUUUGCUAAAUUCGAAUCGAAAUCGCACUUAACUUAAAUAAGUGGAUAUAGCCAACCGGAAAAGACAGUCAAUUUCUUGGUACAAACACUUAGUUAACAGCGAUUAGUCGGUUGCGAUCGGUCUGAGUUACGAUCUGCAGCUAAAAGAGGUCAUUCUGUUCAUCUUUGUUUAAGCACCCAACUAGUUGUAAACGUAACCUAACUUCUUCAUGAUUAUAAGGUUAUUCUCUCGGCAAUCGGAUAGAUGCGGGCAAGAUUCGACGACAUAAACCAAUCUAUCAAUUUAAAUUUCUAAUGGCUCAGUAUGCUGACGACUGUCCUUCGAAUAAGGUUACAGUCUGUUACAGACAAGGC